AUGAUGAAUGAUCUCCCAGCCUUCAAAAGGAGAAGAAGAGAACAACUUCAGGUCUUUGAAAGGAGAAAAGCAUCAGAAGACAACCCCACAUAUGUUUUGACUAGUUCUUCUCCAGACACAUACACAGGAAAUUUCGUCAUCAAUAAGCAAUCUCAACCAACUUCUUCAACGAUUCCAAAGCCAGAGGAGGACGGUGUGGCGAACAUUGGAUUAGCGUCUAUAUUACACAACUAUGACAAUGAUGAAGACGAGGAUUGA